AUGUCCAUGGCCACCGUCUGCAAACAAGCCGUCAAGCCCCAGGCGAUGCGUCGGGCAUUUUCAACAACUUCUGCAAAUUCUUUCACGCUCCCUCCUCGCUAUGGAGCGGGCCCUCUCUAUCGAACAAAGUUGUCCCCCAAAGACGCAAUCACACACAACGAGCAGCCAGUGCUCCGUAUGCUCAUGCUGCUCAUCUAUUUCCUCUCUCAGUUUGGCAAACCUGGCUCGGGCAAGGGCACCCUUUCCAACAAGCUCAUCAACAAAUACGACGUCUCUCAACUCUCUGCGGGGGAUUUGCUACGUUCCAACAUCGCCGAAGGCACGGAAGUCGGUAGAGUAGCCGAAGGAAUCAUUGCGACAGGAGGCCUCGUUCCGGACGAUAUCAUGACAAAGGUCAUCACGUCCAAACUCGACGCGUUGAAGAACAAGCACUGGAUUCUCGACGGCUUUCCCCGCACGGUCGGCCAAGGACAACUCUUGGAAGCACACUUGCGAACUUCUGGCACUCCCCUUACCCUAAUCAUCAACCUGGAUGUUCCCGAAGAGGUCAUCCUUGGUCGUAUUAGUGAUCGCUGGGUUCACCUUCAGUCUGGUCGAGUGUACAACUCGAGCUAUAACAAGCCCAAGGUAGCCGGUUUCGACGAUAUUACGGGCGAGCCCCUCGUCAAACGACCUGACGACAACCCAGAGAUUUUUGCUCGCAGAUUAAAGGCCUUCAAUGCCUCGACGCUUCCUCUCCUUCAAUUCUUCUCCUCCACCGAGGGUCGAGCCUCGACAAAGCUCGUCACGCUUACUGGUGCAACGUCGGACGAAAUCUGGCCCAAACUCGAGCAGAUCAUCACCUCUGAGUUCCGCCUGCGCCCAAGGGGGGCGCAGAAGACGAGUGUCCAAGAGGCCUUUUUCGGCUCGAAAGCCUAUGGCCAAGGACCUCUUUAUACAAAUGCAGCAAAACUCUGA